UGAGAAUCCUUUUUCUUCUCCUUUUAAUUAUAAUAGAUAGAUGGAUAAUUUGGAGAGUGUGAUUUAGCUCUAAGGCCGUGUCACUAAAAACAGUACCCCAGUUUGUUUUGCAUAUUUUUGGAAUUUCCAUAAAAACUACACACACCUGGAAUUGUUUAAGCAAAAACUAAACAUUUUGAUAAGAAAAAUUCGGAUGUUUAUAUGACAUCUUUGAGUAAUUACUAAUAGGUUGGAGGAUGGGUAUUUGGAUGAAAGUUUUGAUGCACCUCCAAAGGAAGAAAGAAUAAUAGAGAGUCUCAUAUCCUUAGAUGGAGCUAGACUUGCAAUCCUGCGCUCGACUGCUCAAUACAAUCAACACCCGCCAAUCUCUUCCAAAGGGGAAGCAACUCCAUCUUGUUUUCCUCAAAAGAGGCAUCCUCAACUCUGCUCUCACAAUAGCCAAUCGCCUUCUUCAGAUGUACGCUAAGUGUGGACAAAUGACCGAUGCAAAAUUACUGUUCGACGAAAUGUCUCAGAGAAAUUGCUUCACUUGGAAUACCAUGAUUGAAGGGUACAUGAAAUGGGGAAAUACAAACAACUCUCUGGACUUGUUUCGUUCGAUGCCUUCCAAGAAUGAAUUUUCUUGGAAUGUAGUCAUUCUUGGCCUUGUCAAAGCUGAGGAGUUGGGUGUUGCUAGAAGACUAUUGCAUGAAAUGCCACGUAAGAACGAAAUAGUUUGGAAUUCACUUAUUCAUGGGUAUGCUAAAACGGGGUUCCCUGGUGUGGCUUUAUGCUUAUUUAAGGAGUUUAUAGACUGGGAUUUUCAUGAAAUGUGUGGUACAUCACGUAUAGAUUCGUUUGUUUUGGCAACUGCAUUAGGGGCUUGUGCUGACACGAGAGCUGUCGAUUUAGGGAAGCAAAUUCAUGCUCGUACUAUAGUCGAUGAAGUUGAAGUUGAUUAUGUGUUGGCAAGUUCUUUAGUUAACAUGUAUGGAAAGGGUGGUGAUUUGGAUAGCGCGAGUUACAUUUUAAACAGAAUGCAGAACCCUGAUAACUUUUCCUUGUCAGCAUUGAUAUCAGCAUAUUCAAACUGUGGUAGAAUGGAUGAUGCUAGAAAGAUCUUCAAUCUUAUAACUGAUCCUUGUAUUGUAUUAUGGAAUUCCAUGAUAGCAGGGUACGUGGCAAGCGAUAAAGUGUCAGAGGCAUUAUUGCUUUUUGAGGAGAUGCACAGAGAGGGAGUUAUAGCGGAUUCCUCUACAUUAGCUAGUGUAUUGAAUGCAUGUGCUAGUGCACAUUCCCUUAAAAAUUGUUUGCAAAUGCAUGCUUAUGGUUGUAAGUUUGGACUGCUAGAUGAUCUUAUCGUUGCUAGUGCUCUAGUUGACACAUAUGCUAAAUGUGGACGUCCUGAUGAAGCUGCCAAUGUUUUUAAUGAACUCAAAAUACAUGACACGGUCUUGCUAAAUUCUAUGAUUACCAUUUAUUUUAGUUGCUACAGAAUUGAAGACGCGAGACAAUUAUUUGAGUCAAUGCCCUAUAAGAGCUUAAUAUCUUGGAAUUCCAUGUUAAUUGGUCUUAGUCAAAAUGGUUGUCCAGUUGAAGCACUGGAUCUUUUCUGCAGGAUGAAUAGGAUGGAUUUUAAGAUGGACAAAUUUAGUUUUUCAAGUGUGAUCAGUGCCUGUGCAAGCAUUGCAUCAGUUGAACUUGGUGAACAGAUUUUUGCCAGAGCUGUUAUCAUCGGUAUUGAUUGUGAUAAAAUAAUUUCUACCUCCUUGAUUGAUCUUUACUGCAAGUGUGGUUUUGUUACUGAUGCCAGGAAGCUCUUUAACCAAAUGAUGAGAUCCGACGAGGUUUCAUGGAAUUCUAUGUUGAUGGGUUAUGCUACAAACGGUUAUGGAAAUGAAGCAUUAAAUCUAUUCCACGAAAUGAGAAGUGCAGGUGUUUUGCCAACAAAUAUCACAUUUAUUGGAGUCUUGUCUGCCUGUGAUCAUUGUGGUCUACUGGAAGAGGGAAAAAGAUGGUUUUAUUCAAUGAAUUAUGAUUACCACAUUGAUCCAGGGAUUGAACAUUACUCCUGUAUGGUAGAUCUUUAUGCACGAGCAGGAUGUCCUGAAGAAGCAGUAAACCUAAUUGAAAAGAUGCCAUUUGAGGCAGAUUCAGGCAUGUGGUUAUCCAUUUUGAGAGGAUGUGUAGCUCAUGGUAAUAAGAUACUAGGAGAGCUGGUGGCCAAACGCAUUAUAGAGCUUGAUCCUGAGAAUUCAGGUGCUUUUGUGCAGUUAUCAAACAUAUUUGCUACAUCUGAGGACUGGGAAAGAUCUGCUUUUGUCCGGAGGCUGAUGACAGAAAAGAAAAUCUAUAAAAGUUCUGGUCGAAGUUGGAGUGAUAUGUAAGAAGCGCAUAGGUUCAGGUCUCUGGAUAGUUAUUAUAGCAGUGGGAGAAGUGCUGUGAGGUUCUUGAAAUCUUGGAAUUGUCUAGAUGCAUAGAUGAGGAGUUCUUAGCUGUUCCCAUCACUAAGGGAGAUAAAAAUGAGUUUCAGAAAUUUGCCGGGGGACUCUAUACGACUACAGUUGAGAUUGGCGUAGUGAUCAUGGGGAUGAUAAAAGCCUGGUCUUACCUCGUAUAGUAGCAGCAACUCAUGUAAUUGUUGCUCCUAUUCCCUUCAAUGGAUGCUGACACUAAAGGGAUCUUUGAUGCUUGUGUUGCCAUGGUUAAAAACUUGAAUGUAUCAGGUAUUCAUGCUAAGGCAGACUUAAGAGACAACUCUUAACUGGAUGGAAAUAUUCACUGGUAGAAUGGAGGGGGGUUCCUCUUAAGAUGAUUGAACUUGGACCAAACGGCCUUGCAAACAACCAGGUAAGAGCUGUUCGACACCACAUUGCAGCCAAAACAGAUAUUUGUGUGGCUAAUCUAGUCGAACAAGUAAAAGAUAUCCUCGCCUCUGUCCAAUAAAAUCUAUUUGCUGUUGGAAAAUAAAAGCGAGAUGCUUGCCUUCAGGUUGAAAGAACCUGGGAUGAAUUUGUGGAAGCACUGAACAAAAAGAUAUUGGUCUUGGCUCCUUGGUGGUUAUGAGACCAUAUCCAUACUUCACUUCCAAGGUUCUACCUCAAAUGCAUGGCCUCAAUGUUUUCGCAGAUUUGGUCGUGGUAUAAGUGAUUGAUCAAGUUUGAGCAUGCCCUCAAAUUAUAAAUUCAACAAGUUCAAAAUUUUUAGUACUUUCAUAAGUACCUCUAGAGGGCAAAAGUAGUACUACUAUAUAUCUUUUACAGCGAAUACAAAAACAGAAAGGGAGAACA